GCACUCCAGUCCUUCCGCCCUCUCCCAUCCCCAGAUCUCUCCCAGCACCCCAACACCCCCGACCUCCCGCGUCUCCCCGGAGCUCAGCUCCCACGCACCGCGAAGCAUCCAUACCUUCGCGCCCCAGCUACUUCUUCCUGGGGCGGGGCCUUGCGCUGGAACCAAGGGCCGGACUUCCGGCGGCGGGAGGAAACCACCGGCAAGCACCCAUGGCUUGGCAGCCGAAGCUGGUAGGCGUUCCCCUUAAGGUUCAGAGAUUCCACAUGGCCGCUUGUCGCUACAAAGCCCGGACGGGCGCCGAGCACCUGUGGCUGAUGCGCCAUCUAAAGGACCCGUUUGUGAAGGCCGCAAAGGUGGAGAGUUACCGCUGCCGCAGCGCCUUCAAGCUCCUGGAGAUUGAUGAAAAGCAUCACAUCCUGCGGCCCGGCCUCCGGGUGCUGGACUGUGGGGCGGCUCCGGGAGCCUGGAGUCAAGUGGCAGUGAAGAGAGUCAAUGCUGCAGGCGCAGACUGCAGCUGUCCUGUGGGCUAUGUGCUUGGGGUUGAUCUUCUUCACAUAAUCCCCCUGGAAGGAGCAACUUUUCUCUGUCCUGCUGAUGUGACUGACCCUGGAACUCGACAGAGGAUUUUAGAACUGCUUCCCAGAAGGAGAGCAGAUGUGAUUUUGAGUGACAUGGCACCCAACGCCACUGGGAUCCGAGACCUCGAUCAUGACAGGCUCAUCAGCUUGUGCCUUACCCUUGUGGACAUGGCUGUGGACAUCCUGCAUCCUGGGGGGACACUGCUGUGUAAAACCUGGGUUGGAAGAAAAAGCCACCUGCUACAGAAGAGACUGACCCAGGAAUUCCGUAACAUAAGGGUUGUGAAACCGGAAGCUAGCAGGAAGGAGUCUUCUGAGGUGUACCUCUUAGCCACGCAGUACCGGGGAGGGAAGGGCUCCAUGGAGCAGUGAAUCUGCCCUGCCUUUCUGGGAGUGCUUUCCUGAGAGUGGCUGGCAUCUGAGCUGCAUUGUGGGUAUGAACAGCACCCUGAGGCACCUCCGGGUUUCUAAAGAGAUCAAAAGUGUAUUUGAUAAAAAUGGGGCCAGCAUUGCGGCUCAUGGAGUAACGAUGCCUGCUACUGAACCUAAGGCCCUGAGUGCUUUCUCUGGAUAGCACUAUAGGACCUUUAUAGUGGAAAGAGAGAAUUAACUCCUGAAAGUUGUCCUCUGACCCCCACGUGCGCAUGCACACAUAUGCACAUAGUAUGAACAUAUGUUUUGGGAUGGUUGGUUUUUGUUCAUUGAAACCUUGCUGUAUCUGGGAAGGAAGAAUCCAGCUGAGGGAUUGCCUGUGGGCAAGUCUGUCUGCUAAUUUGAUUAAUGAUUGACAUAGGAAGGAAUGUGGGGGGGCCCAGCCCAGUGGGAGCAGUGCCACCCCUGGGCAGGAAGUCCUGAGUUGUAUAAGGGAGCAAGGUGAGCAAGACAUGAAGAAGAAGCCAGUAAGCCAUGUUCCUCCAUGGUCUCUGCUUCAGUUUCUGCCUCCAGGUCCCUACCCUGAGUAUUCAGCUUGCCUUUCUUCAGUGACAGAUUACCCCGACUGGGCUGAGUAAGCCUCCCAAGGUUGCUUUUAAGUUCUGGAAACAAAACAAAA